GCCGCUGCGUCGAUGAUGCGUCCUGCCCGAUCCGCUGCGAUGGAUGCCGCGUCGUCUGGUACUGCUCGCGAUUCCACCAGGUUUCAAGAAUCGCGGCAAUCGAUUGGGUCAUGUAGUAGUUCUGUUGUUCUUUCGAGCAGAGCAGGCAUUGGAGCGAACACAAGCUUGUCUGCAAGCGCCUUGCGCAGCAAGCGCGGAAGGCGUCCUCUGUCAGCGAAUUUCCCUUUUCUUUCGAGGUAUGGCUUUCAGCUAGAGUUGGACUGCUGGAUUUUUCUCUCGCAGCUGGAGAGCUCGAUGUGUGGAUUUCUUGACAAGAGAGGACUCCACGGGAAAGGGCUGUGGAAGAACGAGUGCUCUUGUCUAGCAGGAGCAAGAAGUUCUCGCAGGGACGCGUCCUGGCAUCUUCCCAGCAACGCUUGUCCAUGCAAAGGUCCCAGGAACGCUCCAGCGGCACCACUGGAGAGCUGGAAGCAGUACUACGAGUGGCGUGACUUACCUUUGCAUUCACCGGCAGCCAUUCUUCUUCACUCGCCACUUACACUCUACUAUGCGAUCAACCAAACAAGUUUUGAUCCGAGAGAAAAGCUGACAAUCCAUUACCUAGGCCCAGAGCGGGAGCUUGAACAGCUCGAGGUAUUCGCAGAGCUUCUCGCGCUUCUUCCUGGCGCUCAAAUCCACAUAGACUUUGUUGGACCUGCUGUGCCUUCCUCAAGCCAUGGAAGCACUUUGGAGCUGGCUUCAUAUCCAAAGUGCCUCGAUGCUAGCUGCGAGUGCAAACUUGAAACGAAUCACACGAUAACUCCUACCGUAUCCGUAUCUAUGUGGAAGGGGCUGUAUCACGAGGUUCAUCACCAGAUUUCUCGUGCGGAUGUUGUAGUGGCUUUCAACGCCGGUGUUGCGGCAUACAUCACUUGGAGACCCACGAUUGAAUUGCUCUUAACAAUGGAAGUCCCCGUUUUCGUUACCGACUUUUGUGAGGAAGCUUGUGUGCUCGCUGUCGAGUGCAUCGAUUCCUUGGAGCCAAACCACGUCACUUUUCCAAUAACGGAGAAUCCGUUCAGGCAGCCGGCUGGUCUAUGGAACACAGGCAUCGAUCUGCCAAUGCACGCGAACUGCUUCAUCUUUGGUCUCGGCGUUGCACUGGAAGGACUUCUUUCUUGAUGGGUGCACUUAGUGUAAGGUGUUUAAGAAAGUUUAUAUAAAUUAUAAACAUGUUUAUAAUUUACAAAUUAUCAACCGUUAGAUGGAAAAAUAUACUAAGCACA